CGCUUGCUACGAGACAAGACAAGAACCGCUGACAACAAACCCUGUCGGCGUCCUAGCAUGACAGAUCAUUGCUUCCCGUUUCUGUUAAAACUUCCUUUCCUAUUUAAAUUUUCUACUAUCUUACCAGGGAGAAAUGCCAUACAUCUUACAGAUUCUGCUUGUUACGAUCUUUCUUUCCGCGUCACGCGGAGUAUUAGAAGAAAAAGUUAGGUACUAUGAGGUGCUGCAUUCACACAGCAUCAAACACCGAGCAAAAAGAAGUGCUGACCAUGAUAACCACUUGGACAAAGCUAGCAGAACUGUGAUGCUGUCAAUGUUCAACCAAACUUUUAUAUGCCAUCUUCAGCCUAGGACUAAUUUCUUUUCUCCUACAUUUCGACUUGUGGUUAUGAACAAUGGCCAAGAAUCCAUCAUUCAUGAUUUUCAGAAGGACCAGUUCCUUGUUGGAACCUGCAAUGAUAAUAGUGAGUCAGAAGUUCAUGGCUACUUUGUGGAGGGUGUCUUUACUGGAACCAUCAAAUAUGGUGGUGUAGUGUAUGCCAUCGAGGAUGCAUUGCGUCAUUUGCCAAGGAACAGAAGGGAGAGCGUGGAAAGAUGAUAGCAUAUCGCUCAUCUGACAUCAUCUGGGACAAGAACGAAAAGCCUGGGAACUCCUUCUGUGGUGUAAAGUAUGAGGAGCGACCAGUUAAAGGAGACAAUUCAGAAAUGCAGAGCCAGACUGCCUUCACAGCAGAUCAAGUAUCCAGAAACAUCAGGCCAUAGAACAGUAAAAGAGUCUAAUGCUAGGACAAAGCGUGAAACACCAAAGAGCUGGAGCACAUGUCGCAUGGUGGCAGUUGCUGAUCACAAAUUUUUCAAUACAUGGGCGGUGGGAACAUCUAUAGCACUGCAACCUACAUUGCAGGAGUCAUGGAGAGAGUAGAUGCAAUCUUCCGCAACACUGUGUGGAAUAUUGAUUAUGAAAUCUCAGGCAUGGGAUUUGAACUGGCCGAGAUGAAGAUUGAGACUAACGCCAGUAACAAUGGUUACAAUGCAGCUAAAAGCGAUUGGGACCCUCUGAAACUUCUGCAGGCAUUUGGUCACAAUCUAGAGUACAAAAAGUUCUGUGUGGCACACCUGUUUACUUAUGAAAAGUUUGACAACAAUGUUUUGGGACUAGCCUACAUCGCCCCAACUACUGAGGGAUCUGUCGGUGGCAUGUGCUCUCUUACUCGUUUUAUCGAUGGGCAAGAAACAGCUCUUAACACAGGAUGGAGCUCUUCCAAGGAUAGUACUGGUGAAACCGUACUUACACGACAGGCAGAGCUUGUAACAGCUCAUGAACUUGGUCAUAACUGGGGCGCUGAGCAUGACCCUGACACCAGCAGCUGUUCUCCAUCUGCAGUGGUCAAUAAUGGCAAAUACCUUAUGUAUGCCUAUUCCGUCACUGGCUAUGACACAAAUAAUGAUAAAUUUUCCCCUUGUAGCAGGCGUGACAUUGGAGCUGUUCUUGCUGUAAAGGCUCAGAAAUGUUUCAGUGAAACUCCAGAGAAUACGUCAUGUGGUAAUGGACUUAAAGAUGAUAACGAAGAGUGCGAUGCUGGAUACAUAGGUCGAUUUGGCCUUGACCCUUGCUGUACUAAGGCCUGUCGUUUUUCCAAUGGCUCUGUCUGCAGCCCGGUAAAUUUUCCCUGCUGCUUCAAUUGCCAGCUAGCACCCCAGGGCUUCACCUGCCAAUCUGCCUCUGAUAUAACAUGCCUUGCAGAAUCAAAAUGCAAUGGGUACAGUUAUUCCUGUCCAGAACCAGCAAACAAACUGGAUAACUCAACAUGUCUUGAUGAAGGAUUGUGUCGAAAUGGGUCAUGCCUAGCAUUCUGUGAGGCUCGUGGUCUAAUCUCUUGCGCAUGUAAUCGAGAAUCGGAGUCCUGUCAACGAUGUUGCCGUGUUGGCCCACAGGCUGAAUGCACGCCAUACAUUCCUAUGAGUCGCUUGCCUAACGGUCGACCCUGUGUAGUCGGAUAUUGUCUAGAAGGGGCCUGCAAAAAAACAGAGUCUUCAGUUAUUCAGCGACUGUUUGAUGUGUUUGAAAACCUAACUGUUGAUGGAGUAUUGGAUUUUUUCCGUAAAAAUGUGGUUGGCUGCAUCAUUGUCUUCUCAUUGAUUUUCUGGAUCCCCAUCAGCUGCUGUGUCUCCUUUCAGGAUCGGAAGAAAAGAAACAGUUUGAUCCAGGAAGGAAAUAGGGAAUUACAAAUGAAUCGAGAAUUUUUAUAUGAUGAAGAUGGACGCAAAAUAAAUAGGCCACAGUCACCGGAGAUGGUGACCUUGUCACCCCUGGCUCCACCAGUGAUGUCACCUCAAAACAAAGAGGUCGCUCAUUCCAGGAACCGAGUCAUGCCUCUAGAUAUAGGUGGCAUUCAGGGCAGCCACUGAUCCCACAUCAUGGCCCCUGAAUACUGUUCACCAUUUGAGAAAGUCAUGCUAUGGGAGUCUGCGGGAGAUGCUAGUCGCUGCAGUCCUCUGGCCAAUUGCAGCAACUUGAAAGCAGACAGGAGUUGCUUACAGCAAUGCUGGACUGUGUCUGUGCCGAAUGUACUUUUGUGAGAAUCAUAGACAGCAACGGAUAAUGACAGCAGGGAUAAUGUCAAAGGAUACUGCAUUUGGUGCUGUCCAAGCUCUUUUAUCUCUCAGUGGUUUUCUUAAAGAGAAAGAAGAGAACAAGUUCUUCAGCUCAGUUUUAGUUACUAUAAUAUAUUGAAAAUGAGGAUACUCAUAACUUUGGUUAUUCAGGGAAUCAUGUCUUUAUGAGAGUUUUAGAGAUGAAUGAUGUUAAAGGGGUCUCAUGAGGGAUCCUAAUAAUUUUUGGAUAGUUGUUGCAUAAUUGUUUCAUGCACAGUUGUCACUAAACCAAUUUUAAAACUUAUUUUUCACGUGCUAAGUUUCUUAUUACAUCUAAAACAUGUGCCUUUUGUGCCAUUUUGUUUCUUUUAAGCAACAUAAGGGAGAUUAGAAAUGCUGCUUUUUUCAAAUUUUCUUUUAUCUCUCAGGUAACAAUUUUAUUAAUUAAUGAUACUCAAGGACUUAGAGAUAGUCCUUGGAAAAAUUAACAUAUUGAAAACAGUAUGAUUAAUAUUGAGAUUUAUAUAUAAUGUCAGAUUGUCACUGUAAAUGGUGUGAUUUGCAUCUGCUGUGUCACACCAACACUACAGAAAUGCACAAUAAAGUGGUGAACUUGUAACCAUAGAUAAGUUUCAGCAUUUGUCCUACAGAAAAGGUGGCUGGAAUCUUAUAUAAUAAUAAAAGGAUUAUCUGAUCAUAUAUCCAAUCAGAACAUGAGUGCAAUAUAUCAGCGAAGCCUGACUGUGUGGACCUGUGCCUUUUAGUUGCUGUGUCCUCGCCUUACUUGCCAUUUGCCUUAAGAAUGUGGGUUAUAGAGAAAACGAGAAUAAAAUUUUCAGAAUUUUCUAGUUUCACUUACUACAGGUCUUGAUGAUUUAGCCUGUUCCAACAAACAACAAUGAAAGGCAUCUUAUAAUGUAUCUGAAAUUUUAUUUUAUGUCAACACUGUUCAUAUGUGUGGCUUCAUACAUUGCACAAAUGUUUAUACAUGUGAAGUAGAGGUGUGGUCACUAGGUUAGUGUUGUUAAUGACCAGUUUUAUCCAGAACAGGAAAAAGUAAUGUUUAAUGUAUUGUGUUAUGCUGUAACCAGUAUUAUUUUUAGUGGAAGUGUUUAAUGAGUUGUUGGCUGAUUAAACUGAUUGACCAAGUCUCCAAAAGUAAUUUUUUAAAAUUAUGUUAAAGUUGUCUAAUUUGUUACAAUUGCAUAAUCAUAUUUGAAAAAGUUUUAAAAUAGUUUUUCUAAAAUGAUUGGCAUAAUGAAAUAUACAAUAUUUUGGUAAUUGAUUGGUAGCUAGGGAAUUGUUGCUGGCAUUUUUAAAACCUAAUGCAGUGUAAUUAGUGUGGGAUACUUAGUGUACAGAUUGUUUCAUUUUAGUUACUUAAAUGAUUGUGAAAUAUUCAAUAUAUAUGUCCCUGCCAGGUAUUUUAACAUUGAUCACACUGUUUUUUUGUAUUCCUUUAGUAUUUGUUAAUUUUCCUCUGCCUUUUUGCUGUUUGACACAUCACAAAGAUCAGUAAAUUACUCAGAAAGUAUGUUUUCAAACUGUUAUUAUUAAUGUCUCAAGUUUUAUAUUUUAGGAUAGACUAAUCACUAAACCUUUUCUUCCCCCCUCCCCCCACACCACCACUGUCACCGCCUAGUCUCUGUUCUUAUGUAAACUGUUCUCAUGUAAUUUCUGUGGUUAAUAUUGUAGCCCUCAUCAGAUCAUAAAAGUUUUAUAUCAGCAUGCAUUAUUUACAUUAUAAUGCUAUAGUGUCUUACUGUGAUGCACACUAUGACACAUCAGAUCAUCCUUACUGUGACACAUCACAGCGCAGUGAUUCCUUACCCCAUGGACAUAGAUGUCAGGUGUGACCUUUUUAAAGACCAACCGCCUGCCUUCCUUAUACCUCACACUUGAUACACACCAUUUGGAAGCUUUUUCCCCCUCUUAUGCCUUUAUGUGACACAUCAGAAAUUUUCAAGACAGAACCUGUUAAAGCAAGCUCUGAUACUUUAGUCUGUGAUAUAUGACCAUAGUCAAGGAUAUUAAAUUUUCAUGAUGAUGUAAUCCAGUGCAGCACAAUAAAUGUAUAUGAUAGAUUGAAUUGCUUUUAAGGUAUUAUUUGCAUUUUGAAUUGGAUGUUUGGAUUUUGAACAAAUUUAAUGCCUAAAACAAGCUUAGAGCUUGCCACUUAAAAGUGUAUAUGCUAUGAAUUACAUCGAUUGUUCUUAAAUAGCUUGUUUUGCUGGGAAAUAUUGAAAUGUUACAUUUGGCAGCUUUUGAUAUGCUAUGAUUAGUUUCUGUACUUUAUUUCAACACACCAAAUCUUGAGAAUGCGUUGUAGUUUAGCAACCUGUGUAGCUUGCACUUAAACAAAUAUCCUAGUUUAAGACUAGUUGAGGCCUGUAGCUGGAAAUCUUCCCAACCACCCAGAAUGACUUUCACAUUCUUUCUUUUUUUUUUUAACCCUCUGCAUAUUUUUUUUAAAAAGAAGAGUUCCAAGAGUUGGAUUUUUUUUUUCAAAAAUUUUGGAGUCAAUUUUCUCAGAAGCUUUAACUCCAGCUUUUAACUGUAGAUAUUGAUAGAUGCUUUUUUGGAAUUAAAGAGGAUAAGAUGCUAUGGGUGGCUCAGUCAUUUUCUCUUCUGCUGCACUAUACAGUCUACAAGCAUGUAAAUAUGGAUGCACUGAACAUGUGAUAUAAUUGCUUGUGCGAUUCCAGUUAAAUUUGUGUGUGUGUGUGUGUGUGCAUGCUGGCAAUGUCCAGUAUUAUGUACUCAUUUUUGUUUCUACUUUAUUGAACCAGUCAGUACAAAACCUUUCAUAUAAAAAUGUUUGCGGUUGACUUAAUAAAUGAAGUGGGAUUGUUUGCUCUGUGCAUUUAUUUUCCAUAUUUAUUUAUACCUUUUGUUUUGCAGUGUCUUACAGUGUUUCAUUUUUGUUUACCAGAGUCCAGAACCAAAAAGGUGUGUUUUUGUUUUUUGAUUUUUUUUUUUGCAUGGAGAAGGUGAAGCUUUAACUCUUUCAUGUAUGAGAACUUUGCAAAAAUCACAGGCUGCAUAGGUUUAGUGCUCUUGUAGUUUUGUGUGAGGCAGUCAGUGAAACUAUAGCAAAUGAAUGCAGUGCACCUGUCGAAUAUGCGAGUACAUUUGGCCAAUAUUUAUUACUUUUGCAGGAAACGUUUGAUUACAUGGUCACAUAUUUGAUGUGUCCAGGCAUGAGAAAAAGCUCACCAUAUUGUUGGUGCAGAGUUGGGUUUUCUCCACGAUUGAUCUGAAAAUUCAUCUCCUUCAGACUUUUGUGAUAUGGCCAUCAUAUGCAUGUUUGUGUGCUUUGUGGAAGUAAAGUCUUGUUACGGAAAAGGGGAACAUUAGCUUAAGCUGGGCUUGUUUUCAUUUAUUUCAAUGUUUACUUUUUCGUGUGUUCAUCAUAAAAGCCAUAACCUUCAGUUGUCACGAUGUGUAAGACAGGUCAGUUGGUGAAGCAUGCCACAUAAUCUGAUUUCUAUUUGAAAAGUAAUUUUCUUCAGAAAAAUAUUUAGCAGUUCAGACAGGUUAUAAGCACAAAAAUCGCAAUGUAAUCCACUCCACUUCAUGUCACCUUUGGUAUUCGUGCAUACAAUGGUUAAUUUGUUGAUAUGUUGAUUUUACCUUUUGUGUGCAUGGUAACGUGAACUGGCGAGUUUAUAGAACUUGGAAUAUGCGCGCCUAAGAUAUUUAAUGCGAAAUAAGGCAGCCAUGGAAUGUGAAAAGACCCUGGUCAUGCAUUAUUCAUACUAAUUUCUCAUGGAUAUACCAACCAAUAUGAUAGGCUUUAGAGUGUCCAUGCAUGAGUGAAGGUGGGAAUAUGUUUCAAUACUCCAGCAGCUUGCUGUUAUGUCUGUCACAGAAAACCCUGAAAGCAAACUUCAUCAGUUGUGGUGGACUUUGCUGCAUGAUUCUUGCAUGAUUCUUGCGUUCACAGGGGUUGUAGUUAUGAACCAAGGGCAAGUGUUUCCCCCAGGCAAAGUCAACUGAAGGAAAAUCAUCUUAUUUCCGUAGUCUGCCAUUGCUUUAUGACAGCUCUAGAGAAAAAAAAAAUCGCCAUCUGCAGAGUGUGGAUGCCGCUUUAUAACUUUGGAAACAAGAAGCUUUUCCUUGAAUUCCUCAUGUUGCCCCAGGGCAACGACUUGCCCUCGCUUCUUAACUACGGACCCAGGGCUUUAAGGAGGAGUGAAGUUUAGACUACAGCCCAUAACUUAGCCAGGUGAUCUGCUAAAGCGGAUGUGGUGCCAUUACUUGACCACGAGCAUGUUAGGCACAUUCUACCAACAGAUCGUCGAACCACGUAGGCUAUGAUCGAGCCCAUGACUCCACGCCGUCGACAAUGUUUCCGUUCAUCUCGAUCCACCCAGCGACUUGAUGGGAGAUGUCCGCGCUCACGUGCAUCAUGCCUCACUCAACUCCGACACCUUCAUCUCGUUUUAGCCCUUUAAUCUCUCGCAUCGAUGUACAUCUUACAAAGCGCGAUUGUUGCUGUUACAGGAGGGAUGUUUUUUUUAAUUGUUGUACGCGACCUGGUGACUAGGUGGUGUAAAUGAAGACAACAACGAUAUUAAAUUUUAUCACCUAAACUAAUGGCCGUUUUUAAACCGUAGUCUUUAAACAAUGGCAAAUCUGAUGUAAACUAGUCCGUCAUGGAGUAUCCUGAUUUUUUUUUCAAUUUGUUACUGACUGAUAAAAGGUUUCUAACGAAUCAUGUAUGUUCUGCAGAUCAGUUGAGCAUGACUAUAUAUAUAUUAUGACCAGAAACUUCAAGUGGUAACCCAGUUAAAUUAUUCUUUAAGUACAAUCAGUAUAUAAACAAGCGAAAAGUGAUAACUAUUCUGACUGACAAGCAGAACUUGCCUGAUAUGUGAAAACCUCAUAUCAGUGGAAUUGAUACGCUUUUGUGGAUCUGCAAUGACAAUAAAAUACUGAUACAAUGAAA